AUGGCGAUCGGUUCUUCCGGUUUGCCGGUUCUUCUGGUUUCGCGGGGCCGGUUUACCGGUUUUCCGGUUUACCGGUUUUCUGGUUUCGUGGGGCCGGUUUUCCGGUUUUACCGGUUUUUCGGUUUACCGGUUUUCUGGUUUCAUGGGGCCGGGUUUCCGGUUUACCGGUUUUCCGGUUUACCGGUUUUUCGGUUUCGUGGGGCCGGUUUGCCGGUUUUCCGGCUGUCGAUCGUCAGCGGGAGGUGCGUUGAAUCGACCGGAGGGGUUGUGCUUGGCGACGGCAAGGUGAAGGGUGGGCAGGCGCAGGGUGGGCCCAAUAUACGCAUAGUUGCGUGGGUCCAACUGCGUCCCACUGCGUCGUCGCCAGGCCCUUAUGCGGACAUACCCGCCUGA